CACCAAACUUUUUGGUGGACGGUCCCUUGGCCCUCGCAGAGACGCCGGAGAGGCAGCCAGCGCGCAGCCGCUCGCAGCUACAUCACCGCGCCUGGACCGAGGCACAGCUGCGCCUCAGCCGCUCCGCACGAACCGUAACGAGGUCCCCUUUUCAGCUGGAUAUCUAACGCUUCGCGUCGCCUCCGCCCUCGCUCCGCGGAUACAUCCCGGGGACCUGCACAGCCUGAGCCGGCGAGGGACAGAAACUGAGAGACGCGUCCUCGUAGUGAUGUUUCAGCCUCCAUCUUUCGCCGCGACCGAACCAUGAAGAGCUGACCGGGUUGUGGAGCAGACCGGCAAGUGUCUGCGCUAACAGCAGAGGAGCUGACAGUAAAUGAGAGGCCGUCACCAUGCCCCCGGGGAAGUAUGGGAUGCAGGGGGAGUGGGAGAAGGAGGGGGACCAGCAGAUCAACAUGGACUUCCUGCUGCCUACUGGGAUCUUCCUCAAAUUCCCAGUGUCUCGAAACGACACCAUCAAAACCAUCAAAAAAAUGGUUUGGAAAAACGCCAGGAGUGAGGCUCUGUUCAACGGUCUGGGAGAUCCAGACGGAUACGUCUUCACCUGCAUCAACCAGACGGCAGAGAGGGAGGAGCUGGAGGAGGAAUCCAGGCGCAUAAGCGAUGUGCGGCCCUUCAUGUGUGUCCUGAGGCUGGUGGCGAGGGAGGGCGAUCGCGUGGAGAAGCUCACCAACACCCAGAUCAGCCUGCUCAUUGGCAAAGGUCUGCACGAGUUUGAGGCCCAGAAGAACCACGAGGUGGACGAGUUCCGGACCAAGAUGCGCAGCUUCUGCGAGGAGAAGGCUCAGGAGCGGCAGUGUUUGCCGUGGACGGAGUGGAUGGAGUACAGCUUCCCGUGCGACCUGGAGCCGUGCUGCUCCGCGGCCCUCAAGACGAAAAACACCAAGAAGAUUUUCAUCAAUGUCAAGUUCGAGGCGUGCGAGGAAAGCUUCAUGCUGCAGCAGGACCCUCAGGACUUCCCGCUGACUCUGAUGAAGAGCGCCCUGAAGAAGAAGGCCACCGUCUUUCGCUCGGUGCGGCAGGAGCCCGAGGACUACACCCUGCAGGUCAACGGGAGGUGGGAGUUCAUCUACGGGAAACACCCACUGUCCCAGUUCAAAUACAUUUUCUCGUGCUUGAGAAACGGCCAAAACCCCCACCUCACCAUGGUGCACCACUCCACCAUGAGCAAAUAUCAGGAGGAGCAGGGCAGGAUGUGCAACCAUGUGUUCAAGAGUCGCUCCUUGUCCAGACCUCCUCCUCUGCCCCUGAAGAAGCAGAACACCUCGUCUCUCUGGUCCAUCAAUGAGCCCUUCUACAUUCACCUGAUGCAGGGCAGCCGAGUCAAUGCAGACGAAGGAAUGAAGCUCGUGGUGCAGGCCGGCCUGUUCCACGGCAGCGAGCUGCUCUGCAAGGUGGUGACGAGCUCCGAGGUCACGGUGUGCUCCGAGCCGCUGUGGGACCAGAAGCUGGAGUUUGACAUAAACGUGGCCGACCUGCCCCGCAUGAGCCGCCUGUGCUUCGCGCUCUACGCCGUCAUCGAGAAGGCCAAGAAGCCCCGCGGCACCAAAAAGAAGAAUAAGAAAGCAGAUUGUCCAAUAGCCUGGGUGAACACCAUGGUGUUCGACUACAAGGACCAACUGAAGACUGGGGAGUUCCUCUUGUCCACAUGGCCAUCUGUUCCUGAUGACAAAAGUGACCUGCUGAACCCGAUGGGGACAGUGGAGAAGAACCCCAAUGUGGAUAGCGCCGCUGGGCUCCUCAUUCGCUUCCCCAACAUCCGUCCACACCCCCUCUAUUAUCCUCCAGUUGAGAAGGUAGUUGAACCGGACAAGAAUGGAGAUCUGGGUUUUUCCACUCUCUCAAAAGAAGACUACUUGAAGCUGAAAGAAAUCAUGGACAACAAAAACUACACCGAGUUUUUUGAGGACGAGAAAGAGCUCCUGUGGAAGCUCCGCAACGAAGUCCGCGACUUUUAUCCUGAAAGUCUGUCCAAGCUGCUCCUCAUCACCAAGUGGAACAAGCGUGAAGAUGUAGUUCAGAUGGUAGGUUUACUGAGGAACUGGCCAGAGCUCCCUGCCAUCCAUGCCUUGGAGCUCUUAGACUACAGUUUUCCCGACCCGGCGGUCCGUUCGUUCACUGUCAGAUGCCUCAAGAAGCUCGGUGAUGAUGAAUUGCUGCAGUACUUAAUCCAGCUGGUCCAGGUCCUGAAGUAUGAGUCCUACCUAGACUGUGACCUCACCACUUUCCUGCUAGAGAGGGCUUUGUCCAACAGGAGGAUAGGGCACUUCCUGUUUUGGUAUCUCAGGUCGGAGAUUCAUGUUGCGUCUGUGAGUUUGCGUUUUGGCCUGAUUCUGGAGGCCUACUGCAGGGGAAACAUCCACCACAUCAAGCUCUUAACCAAACAGAAUGAGGCUCUGGGUAAGAUGAAGGCGCUGAGUGACAUUGUCAAGUCGGGCUCCCAGAAGAUGACGGUGGAGGACCUGAAGCUGUGCAUCAGGCAGGAGUCCUACCUGGAGGCCCUGUCGGACCUGCUGUCACCGCUCAACCCCAGCAUCAUCCUGUCUGAGAUCUGUUCGGAGAAGUGCAGAUUUAUGGACUCCAAAAUGAAGCCGCUCUGGCUCAUGUACAAGAACCCCUCGACACAAGGAGACAUGGUGGGCAUCAUCUUCAAAAAUGGAGACGAUCUGCGUCAAGACAUGCUGACGCUGCAGAUGAUCCAGCUCAUGGAGAACCUGUGGAAGAAAGAAGGCCUGGAUCUGAGGAUGAUCCCAUACGGCUGCUUGUCCACCGGGAACAAGAUGGGGCUCAUCGAGGUGGUGAAGAACUCCGACACCAUCGCCAACAUCCAGCGUAACAGCAGCAACAGUGCGGCUACCGCUGCCUUCAACAAAGACGCCCUGCUCACCUGGCUCAAGUCCAAGAACCCAGAGGACAAACUUGAUCAAGCAAUAGAGGAGUUCACGCUGUCCUGCGCUGGCUACUGUGUAGCUACUUAUGUCUUGGGCAUUGGAGAUCGUCACAACGACAAUAUCAUGAUCAGGGAGACUGGACAGCUGUUCCACAUUGACUUUGGGCAUUUCCUGGGAAACUUCAAGCGGAAACUCGGCAUCAACAGGGAGCGCGUGCCUUUUAUUUUAACGUACGACUUUGUCCACGUGAUCCAGCAAGGACGGACGAACAACAGCGAGAAGUUUGAGAGGUUCAGGGAGUACUGCGAGCGGGCCUAUAAGAUCCUGUGUCGGAACGGGACGCUGUUUGUCAACCUUUUUGGUAUGAUGAAGGCGGCGGGGAUGCCUGAGCUCACCUCCUUCAAAGACAUCCAGUAUUUGAAGGACUCUUUGGCUCUGGGCAAAUCGGAGGACGAGGCACUGAAGAACUUCAAAGUGAAGUUCAACGAAGCCUUGCGGGAGAGCUGGAAGACCAAGGUCAACUGGAUGAUGCACUCCUUGGCCAAAGAUAACAGGCCCUGAAGAACACUGAACAAUGAAACCGGAGGACCAGCCGAAAAAAAAAUAUGAUUUUAACUUAUAGACAUAAAAGGGAAGAAGAAGACUAAUAUUUUACAUCGACGAUGGCAUUCAACGACAGACGCCGCAAAUGUUUACAUCUCACUGGCCCGUCUGUGGUAAAUAACAACUAAACGGAGGCAUCCAAAGACAAUGAGGCAGUCACAGAGCAUCAUUUCAACAUUCAAGUACUUUCAAGGUGAUGGAAAAUUCAUCUCGUGAGACUCUCGUGGGGAGUACGCUCACCCUGGGGGACACAUCAACUGAGACAAUAGUCACACUCUUGAUUUGAUGAACUCGCUUAAUUGAAAUCCACCUGCUCACGCAAAGCCGCUGUGAAUAGCAGAAACAGAAAGGUCACCGGCUGCAUUACACGUAACGGCACCGUUCAGUCACGGAGUACAACAACAGGGCGGCAGUUUCGCCUCAAGACUUUCGCAUGGUUUACAACCCUCGGCGGCUGUCUCAUUUCCUCUCAUUCCUACUGCCUCCACGCAAAUGUAUCUUUUUUUUUUUUUUUUUUUUAAUUGUAUUUUAUUUAACUUUUAACGUACUUGCAACGUCUCGAAGGAUAGUUUAAAAAAGAAGAGUUACUGUGUUGUGUGUCUACUGCUGUAACACUGUAUUGUAAUAUUGCCUUGAAGUACAAUAAGUUGCCUUUGGAGUGCCAAUACACACGAAGCAUUUAGAGUUUAAUGUAUGACUUUUAUUAUUAACGUGCCUGUGUGCCACUAGACUCUUACUCAAAAAGCUACUACAUGUUAAAGGGGUAGUCUGCCAUUUUAGGAAAUACACUUAACCGGCUUCCAAGCUUAAGUGAGAAGUUCAGUAUAAACCUUUUAACUUAGCAUAAAGACCGGAGCUCCUUGUAAGUUAUUCCCAUUUCCUAUUUAUGCUAAGCCAGCCACCCUUUCUAAUCAUUCGCUGUCCCGACAAUUCCUUAAGUAACAAAUCUGCCAUCGUCUCCUGAAUAAAAUAGAUGAUGUAAUGCACUAGGCAACUAUGCUCUACACGUUUGAUCAAAGCCCAGGUGACGAAUGCGUCGCUUCUUUAUGACUGGAAUUAGACAAUCUGGGUAUAAGCCAUAGACUUGUGUGUGGUUAUGUUUCUCAAAGUGUGACGCUGUUCACAUGCCUUCUGUGAAAGUCAAAUCCUUCCGCUUUCUCAGACAAUUCAGCGUGUAUGAUGUGUGUGCGUGUGUGAAUGCGUAUGUGCCUUUGAUAUUUAAGUUAUGCACUGUGAUUUCCUAUUGUUUUUAUUAUUAUUAUUAUUUUUUUGUUUGUUUUUUAGCAGAUGUGCCAGGUGCCGUGAAGGAGAUUUCAUGCUCAUAGAGUCCAACACCUCCAUACUUUUACAUAUCUAAUGCUGUGCAAAAUGGUGUUUUGUGUGUCAAACAGAGCCCAGAGCGCUGUUUUAUUUAAUUUUAUGGUGCAUUGGGAUUACUUUACGUGCUUUACGUCCUGCCCGUCAGUCCCGCCAAGGGCCACUUGAAUGAGUUAAGUGAAUACGCUUUCAGUAGCUUCUAUUGUUUUACAGAAAUUGUGAAAUUCUUUUUAUGAGUCUCUGCACAAUGAUGACUUACAGAAGAGCAAGUGUAGCUGUACAUUACACAGCAUGGAGAUUUUUUUUUUCUUUAAAAAAAACGUACUGGUGUAUAUUCACUGUGGACCAGACUUAAAUUAUGGGUCAUCGAUGCCCCUCAACAGGGCUCCACUGAACACUGUUGCUUUAAGCCUGGGGAGUGAAUGAGUUCACGGACUACUUUUGCAAAUUGUACAUUGUACCUGUAUACUGCUGUUGCCUUUUGACUUGAUUGUACUUUGUGAAUUCUGUAAAAUGGUACAAAUCUCUUAAGGCCCAGGCCUGAUUUACAUGUGUGCAGCUAAAACCAGAUAAAGUGUCCUGUCAACAGAG